ACUCGCAUUCAUAUCUUGAUUUCAGAAGGAAUACCAUGUCUGAAAGCUCAAACGUUCACGACAUUUGUAGAUGUAAUCUAUACGACAGAUGAAUUAGAGGCAUUUGUGCGUCUUCACCUUGUACUCAUCGCUAGGUUGGCAAGAAGCAAUUUGUAAAGACAGAGAUCAAAACUGUAGGGUGGGGCAUGACGAUAGAGUAACAUUCCCAGUUUGGAAUCACUUGAGGAAUCUACGGAAGUUGGUUACAACCACACCUGUAAAACUGCAACAUCAUGGAGGAGGCAUUGAGCAGGUUGAAAGCUUUGACUCCUGAACAGCUGCGAGAGGAGAUCAUAGGCGCUGGUCUGAAGUGUGGGCCCAUCACCAGCACCACCAGGGCCACAUUCGAAAGGAAGCUGGCACGCACUCUCCUGGAGAGCCAAGGUAUAAGGAGUGGAGAGAAUGAGACGGACAGCCCCAGCAAGGCAAAAGACUGCAGCGAUGAUCCGGUCCAUGUAAAUUCACACGAGAUAGUGGGAUGCGAGUCAAUGACUGGCAGGCAGGAGCAGAAGACCCCCUGUCAAGGAUUAGACAGUCCGCUGGGAGGGGAGAAUGGGGUGAAGGACGGCCAGUCAUCUGCUGUCGAGACUCCCACCCAUUACUAUGGAGUGUGUCCACCAUCUGACUCACCAGGAAGAGAAGACAACGUCCACGUCUAUACGGACAAGAAGAAAGCUCUGGAUGCUGUCGUGAGAAUGGAAGGCGCCAGGUUUAAAGUCUUCUCCUGUAGGGAAGAUGCAGAGAAGUUUGCCCAGGCUACCAGUGAUGACACAUCACCAUUAAAGUCUCCGGGGUCGAAAUCAAAGGGGACAUCGGGCAAUGUCACCCACAGUGCUCUGAAUGUGGAGAAGGGAAAUGAAUUCAAGAGUCCUCGUACGCAAGAUCUGACCGCAAAGCUCAGGAGAGCAGUGGAGAAGGGCGACGAAGAGGCUUUCCGCCAGCUGGUCUGGAGCAACCCACGGUACCUUAUUGGAUCUGCAGAUAAUCCCACCAUUGUGCAGGAGGGCUGCAGGUAUAAUGUUCUGCAUGUGGCUGCGAAAGAGAACCAACCUCGGAUGGUCCAAGUGGUUCUGGAGACGCUUGAGAACCCUGACUUUUUGCGGCUGAUGUACCCUGGGGACCAGGAGGCUAUGCUGUGGCAGCGUAUGGAUUACAUUGUGGACCUGUACCUCAACAUGCCUGAUAAAACAAACAAUGAGACACCUCUCCAUUUCGCAUGCAAGUUUGGUUGCCCAGAAGUAGUGAAUAUGCUUUGCUCACAUCCAGCCACAGAUAAGCACCACAUGAACAAAUACAACCAGAAGCCUGCCAGUGUGGUUUGUGAAAGGAAAAACAAAACCAAAGAAAUGAAAAAGAAGAUCACAAAAUAUAUGGAGGAUCGCUUCUAUGUCCCCUUACUGAGGGCAACUGACAACACUCUGCAGCCUGUGAUUGGACGGGCAUGUUCCUCAUGUUCAGGGCAGCGGAAUGAACAUUCACUGGGUCAUAUGAUAACAGGAACACCCAUAGAUCCUACCAUGACAGUCACUGCUUUUGUUGGCCCUCUGAGUUCUUCAAAGGCAGACGAGUUCCACAAAUUAUGGAAAACUCCACCUAGAGAUCGGGCGAAGUACUUUCAUGACAUUCUUAAAUCUGAUCCUGAACGCGGAGCGGAACGGGUUGGAAGGGAGCUUGCACAUGAGCUUGGUUACCCCUGGGCCGAGUACUGGGAGUUCCUGGACGGCUUUGUGGAUCUGACUGUGGAAGAGGGAUUGAAUGUGUUGGAGGCCUAUCUGCACUGGAGGAGCAGCAGCAGGCCCACUCAGUGGGGGUCUGAGCAGAGAGGAGCUGGCAGCAGGGGGUGCGCCAUGAUGUCCUCAAAGAAAUCCGAUGCACUGCCCAUUUAUAAUUCCAUUGGGGCGGAUCUGGACAAGGAGGAUCGCUUUCCUCAGGUGAACAUCAGGAAAAAGUGGGAGGACCUAAGUGAGGCCAAGCAAACACUGGCAUCGGAGAAAAGUUCUGCAAGUUCCUCCCCAGCCCCGGUCUGUAACCUGAUGCAGAAGUUUGACAGUGUUGGCCUCCUGGGCAGUUCUGCCACACACUCAGAAGACAAAGGAGAGAAGGGGAGCGGAGUGCUGCCUGAAGUGAGAGACUUGGACCAGUCAGAUUCAGGCAUUGAGGGCCUGGACCAAUCAGAGACUGGCAUAGCAUGUUUGGACCAAUCAAAGUCGGAUGCGGAGGGUCUGGAUUUGAGUGAUCCAGACUUCUGGAGAAAGUGGCAGAAGAAGCAGCGAGCAGACGGGGUAGAGGACCAGUCCAAUGUUAGCUCAGAUGAUUAUUUAACAGCAGAUGAGGAAACGGGCUCCCACUCAGGCUACGUAGACGUCUGUGGCACCUUUCCCCACGAUGGGAGGAGGCACAGACACAACUCGGGUUCCACUUGCUCAUCAUACAAAUCCAUGCAGAGCUCAGAUUGGGACGCUUCAAGUGACCAGAGCCUGUUUUUUGAAGGCAAUUCACCCACCAGAUUGGACAAUGAAGUGCUAUCAGUGGUGGAAGGGAUACCCAUUGACCCCCAGAGAUACCCUGCUGUCGCUAAGUGGAAGAGCACUGUUGUAGCGUAUCCAGCCAAGCACAGGCAGAGCUGGCCUCACAGCUCUUCCCCCAAUCCUUCACAAGAUCCUCGCUCAUCCACCCCCCUUGGCAAGACAACUCCACGCUUUACCAGCCCGACCUGGCUCUGCCGUCCUAGGAGUCUCCUUCCUGGCUCGCCUGCUUAUGGUGCGGUGCUCACAGCCAGGCCUCUGAGAAGCAGUAGCCAGACAGGUGGGAGCGCGUCUGUGUAAGAGGCUGUCUGUGUUACAUCUUGUAGAAGCGGAGAAGAUGCAUCGCUACUACUGUUAUGCCUUACAUGAAAUUAAAUGCACUUUUGUAUUAUUGCAGAUUUCAAUCAGUUUGCACUCUAUCUGUUUUGCUUUUACAAAGUAUGAGCUACAUUUUGCUGAACACUAAUAUGCUAUAUAUAUUUUUCUCAUUUUUUAAUGUUAAUACAUAUAUUUUAAAAAUGUUACACUCUCAAUAAUAUGUGUACUAUUUGGGUGUUUUAGUUAUUCCCUGUUGCUUUGUGUCUAUGUGCAGUUAAGCCCUAGUUGGGCGAAUGAAUCUUUUAAUGCUUUUAAAAAAAUAAAUUAAGUAAUGAGAUGUAUGUUUUUAAACAGA